AUGACGUGCCAUGGAACGCCUGCUAUUGUGUGUGUAUUUCUGAAUGUUUUUCUUGGUUCCAUAUCUGUAAUAACUGUUUGUGGAAACCUCCUGGUGAUAAUCUCCAUCGUUUACUUCAGACAGCUUCACACUCCGACCAACGCUCUCGUCCUGUCUUUGGCUGUGGCUGACCUGCUUGUGGGCGCUCUGGUCUUCCCUCUCACAAUGGAGUUCUCUAUAAGCUCGUGUUUGUACCAUGAGGAGACAUUUUGCAAAGUGAGAAGCAGCUUCGACAUAACGCUCAGCACGUGCUCCAUUCUGAACCUGUGUUGCAUUUCUGUUGACAGGUAUUACGCAGUGUGCCAGCCGCUGGCAUACAGAACUAAAAUCAGCAGCCAUGUCAUUGUGGUGAUGAUCUUGGUGAGCUGGGGAGUUCCAGCUGUGGUUGCGGUCAGUCUGGUCGGGUUUAACAGAUCAAAAUGUGGACAAAACUGUUUGUUUACCGUUGUGCUGGGAAAAAUUCUGAUUGUUCUGAUUACGUUUUACUUACCACUUCUGGUAAUGAUAUGCAUCUACGUAAAGAUCUUUUUUGUCGCGCAGAAGCAAGCACACAGCAUCCAGAGCAUGAAAAGCUCCGGGGCAUCUGUCAGUAAGAUGGAGAGGAAGGCCACUAAAACCUUAGUGAUUGUAAUGGGAGUUUUUCUGCUCUGUUGGCUGCCUUCCUUUUUAUGUACAACCGUUUUUACGUUCAGCAACGCUUCCCGGCCUGGCCCUCUGGUAGAAAUCCUCAACUGGCUUGCUCUGUCCAAUUCAACGUUCAACCCGUUUAUUUAUGUUGUUUACAGGUGGUUCAGGUCAGCGUUCAGGAUGAUUAUUUCAGGAAAAAUCGUUUCGGGAGAUUUCACUGACUUCAAACUUUUUUGA